UAGUAGGAAAUCCUCUGUCUCUUAUCAACAACACACAAAAUAAAAGCCCUCACACAUGUUGUGCGUUAAAUGUGGUUCAUGGAUUCAGAUCGGUGAUUUAAAAACCAUCUCCGCUCUGCAUGCACGUUUUUAUUUCAUUUCGAUCUUGUGCUGUUCCUCCUACCAAAUGUCUGUCCUGCUGUCAGAUGAUCGUGGAUGGCUGCUGGACGCAUGUGCUUUCAUAAACGAAGGAUUUCGGCGGUGCUACAGUGUCAACAAAGGACAUUUCAGAUGCUGUUUCAAGAAGCAGUACUUCGAUAUACUUAAGCCCCAUAUAGUCAGCAGUUCCAUGUGCCAGACUACUGGGGAUGCCAGAAUCGAUCUAAAGACACGAAAGAAGAGGAAACGUAAACGAAGUGAGCUGAAUCAGGGGGAGUUAGAUGCUGAAGAAUACCACAAAAAGGUCAGGUUGUUUGUUCUGGAAGGCACUCAGUCUCUACUGGAAACUGGACAUCACUGUGGCUAUCUGACAGAAGAUUUACUCACAGUGCCACCUAAACAAAUGUCUGUUCAUGAGUGCCAGCUGGCCGCACUAUGCGACAUGGCCAAGCAGAUGCUUGAAAUGGAGAAUUCUGAUGCCCCACUAGUGCAGACUGUUAAUGGCCAUGCAGACAUGGAUGCACACCUUGAUCUGUUCUCAUGCCUCACAGAAAAUCCGGAUGACAUUGCCCGGGAGGUAACGCUAAUGGGGGAGACGUAUUUCCUGCCUCCCCAAAGCCGUUUCCUGUUGUCUGAUGUCACCUGCUUACAACCCCUUAUUCGCAGUGGGGACAAAUAUGACCUAAUAGUUCUUGAUCCCCCAUGGGAAAAUAAAUCUGUGAAAAGAAGCAGCAGGUACAGUUUUCUGCCAUCCUCUCAGCUUAAACAACUUCCUGUGCCAGGGUUGAGUGCAGCAGGAUGUGUAGUGGUUACUUGGGUAACCAAUCGCCCCCGCCAUCUCCGGUUCAUCAAGGAAGAGCUGUAUCCUCACUGGGGAGUAAAGCUGCUUGCAGAGUGGCUCUGGGUGACACAGAAAGGAGAGGUAGUUUUCCCCCUGGAUUCGCCACACAAGAAACCUUACGAAGUGUUAUUACUUGGAAGGUUAUGUGCUAACAGUGACAGCACAACUAGACCUCAAGAGUGUGAGAUCCCAGAACAGCGGCUGAUUAUUAGCGUUCCCUCAACACUUCACUCUCAGAAGCCAGCUCUGUCAGCUGUUCUGAAGCCAUACAUCAAGUCUAAUGCUAAGUGUCUGGAAAUGUUUGCUCGAAGUCUUCAGCCAGGUUGGACAAGCUGGGGAAAUGAGGUGCUCAAAUUCCAACACCACAGCUAUUUUACAACAGAGAGUGUGGAGUGUGACACAUGACACAUUUGCUAUAAGUACAGAGUCCAAUCAGCAUUUUGACACUGGAGUGAAUCAAAGAACAAUUUUAUAAGUAUAAACCUUUUAAUAUUGAAAAUAUUGUCAAAAAACAAGAUUAAUAUUAAACAUUUUGUAUAAUUUCUU